AUGGGCGAAAAUGUUGCUAUCCGAUCCAACGAGUUCAACACCAAGUUGACUGCCUACUCGACUACCCAACAUGGCAAGGAUAUCGACGUUGAUGCACUCAUUGUAGGAGCUGGCUUUGCCGGCAUCUUCAUGCUCAAGACGCUUCGCGACCGUGGACACAAAGCCGUCAUCUUUGAGGCCGGCAACGACCUCGGAGGCACAUGGCGCUGGAACUGCUAUCCCGGAGCAGGUGUGGAUUCCGAGGUCCCAGAGUACCAGUUCAGCUUCCCAGAGACUUGGAAGACCUGGAACUGGUCGAGCAACUAUCCCACCUAUGAUGAGCUCCGCGCAUACUUUGACCACGUCGACAAGGUCCUCGACAUCAAGAAGGACUGCUCCUUCAACACUGUCGUCGUCGGCGCAGAGUUCGACACAAACACCGGUCGCUGGACCGUCAAGACCGAAGAUGGCCGCACCGCAAAGGCAAAGUACCUCAUCCUUGGAACAGGCUUCGCCGCCAAGCGCUAUGUCCCAGACUGGCCCGGUAUGGAUAAGUUCAAGGGCGUCAUUCAUCACUCGUCCUUCUGGCCCGACUACGAAGUCGACGUCAAGAACAAGCGCUGCGCCAUCAUUGGCACUGGAGCUUCUGGUGUGCAGAUAACCCAAGCCUGGGGUCCUGUCGCCGGCGAAGUCAAGGUCUUCCAGCGAACUCCCAACCUGGCUGUGCCCAUGCGUCGAAGAAAGCUCACCGUCGAAGAGCAAGAGCGCGAGAAGAAGUGGUACCCCGAGCUUUUCAAGUUCCGUGAGACCAGCUUCGCCGGGUUCCACUACGACUGGUACGAGAAGAACACAUUCGACGAUACCCCCGAGGAGCGAGACGCCUUUUACGAAAAGGUCUGGGCUGAUGGUGGCUUCCGCUACUGGGUCGCCCUUUACAAGGACAACCUCUUCAACCCGGAAGCCAACAAGGAGUCGUACAACUUCUGGCUCAAGAAGACGCGCGCCCGCAUCGGUGACCCCCGAAAGAGGGAUCUCUUGGCUCCCGUCGAGAUGCCUCACUACUUUGGCAUCAAGCGUCCUUGUCUCGAGUACAACUACUACGAGCAGUUUAACCGACCCAACGUGGAUGUUGUGGAUAUCAAGAACAACGCCAUCAAGGAGUUUACCGAGACUGGUAUCACUCUUGCUGAUGGUACUCACCACGAGUUUGACGUGAUUGCUGUUGCCACAGGAUUUGAUGUCGUCACUGGAGUCAUGACCCAACUCGGCCUCAAGAGCACCCACGGCACCAAACUCCAAGAAGAAUGGGUAAAGGGCGCCAAGACGUACCUCGGCGUGACAACCAGCGGCUACCCCAACAUGUUCCACAUCUACGGCGUCCACGGCCCAACCCUCCUCUCCAACGGCCCCUCGACCGUCGAAGUCCAAGGCCGCUGGAUCGCCGACUGCAUCGCCAAGAUGGAGAACAACGGCAUCAAGUACAUCAACCCCAAGCAGGAGGCUGCCGACAAGUGGAAGGAGCAUGUAGUUGAGCUGAACAACAGGAGCUUGUUCCCGACUACCAGGAGCACUUACAUGGGUGGAUCUAUUCCUGACAAGGUGUACGAGCCGGUUUGUUACUCUGGAGGUAUUCCGACUUACAAGGUUGAGAUUCGGGAGGCUUUGGAUUCUAUGAAGGGAUUCGAUGUUGUCAAGGCCUAA